AUGGCUGCCAUUCUCAAGUCUCUGUUUGCACUUGUUUUCCUCUCUCUCAUUGGCCACGGAUAUUGCCAAUGCUCUCUUGACAAUAUUUCCGUCAGCCAAACUAAAACAGGAACAACGGUGCAAAACAAGCCAGAAUGGCAAGUGACCAUCUCUAACAAUUGCUCGUGCACCCAGUCUGAGUUGAAGCUGAGUUGCGAUGGAUUUCAAACGGUGGAAAAGGUGGAUUCUUCUGUUAUGACCCAAACAAGAGGAGAAUGCCUCAUUAACAGUGGCCAGCAGGUGGCCCGCCACAGCAACCUCAGUUUCAAGUAUGCUUGGGACACUUCGUUUCCCUUGAACCCCCUUUCCUCCCAAGUCAACUGUUCUUAA